CUGUGGUCGUUGUCAAAAAUGUAAAUAAACCCAGGUCCUGAGUACAGACCAUUUUCAGUUUUGUAGAUUUCUUAUAAACUUUAAUUAUUAUAAUGUCGAUAUGGUAAUUAAACACUACGAAAAUGUCUGUAACUACAAUAAUAAAUUCAGUACGCCAGUAUUUGGUUUCACAAAGCAUGUACACUGACGACGAAUGGCUCUCAGGGUGUGUAGAGUAUUUAAAAGAUGACAGUGGUAGUAACCUUAGUGAACAGGACAUUAAAAAUUUGGCUAGAGAACAAUGGUUAUUGAAUGAUUUAAAAGAGAUAUGCCCUGGGUCCCUGCCAAAUAACUUGAAAGAAUUAAAGAAAACUGUAUUAAAUGGAAAGUUUGUGCUUCAAAUAAAUUCUGCAGUGGAUAUAGGUACUCCAGCUUAUCAGCAAUAUUUGAAGUUGCAAAAAGUUAACAUGGAAAAUAUAGAAGCUACAACCACUUUUGAAGAUAAAAUAUCCAGUCAUAGAAUGAUCAAAUUGUAUCUUACUGAUGGUGUGCAAGAUGUGUCAGCAAUAGAGUAUAGACCUAUGAGAAAUUUAAGCUGUGAUAUCACACCAGGCUGCAAGGUACUAAUCAAAGGACCCAUAGAAUGCCGUCGAGGUGUGCUUCUCUUGACCGAAAGUGCGAUCGAAUUGCUCGGUGGAGAAGUGCAGGAGAUUGCCAUUUCCAACUCUCUUGCUGGACUAUUGUCUUCCAAACUUGGCGUGCCAUUAGAGUCCGCUCAUAACUCGACAAUAGUACAAACCAGAAAUACGAAUGUUCCAACACCCCAUUCACACGUUCCACCCCGACUUGUUGAAACGCAAACGCAAGACCAGUCCUCUCGCCCCGUGGCUAUAGUUACAAGCCUUCAAGUAGCACAUGGCAUAGCAGAUGACGAUAUUGACAUAGAUGAUAUAGCAGCUAUAGAAGCAGAAUACUGCAACCCCGGCAAAAGACCGCUAAACGAGGCAAACACGAAACCGGACAAGAAGCUCAAAACCGAAGUUGUCAAAACUGCCAAUAACCGUGCUGAUGAGUAUCCCGGUGAAGACGAAUGCUUCUUCGACGAGGAUGAGGAUUAUUUACGCGAAGUCGAAGCUCAAAUCGAAGCGCAGGAGAAAGGCUGUACCGGAAAGAACGCGGGAUCCAAAAUAUUGCCUGCAGCACCUAAAAUUUUGCCUACAGGACCUAAAAUAUUGCCAUCAGAACCUUUCGUUUACAUUAAACAGAUUAACGAUAUGAAGGAAGCCGAUAGAGCGGGCAGAGUCUUCAGGGUUAAAGCUCAAAUUAUGAAACUGUUGUCCAAAUUGUCAGUGGGGAAGGACGGUUGGAGUUUACGGUGCACAAUCAUAGAUGGCACUGGCGGUAUAGAUGUAGAUUUCACAAGCGAUGUCCUAUCGAAAUUGGUUGGAUUCACACCGCAGGAAAUGAAUUCUAUGAAGAAAAAGAUGGCUACGGAUCCGUCGGUUAAAGAAAAGGCAGUCUCGGCAUUACAGAAGGCGAAAGAUACUCUGCAAGUGUUAUACUGUAUUAUAGAAUUGACAAUAUUAGAAGUACCCAAGAUUACUGCACUAGUGCCAUUCGAUGAAACCCAUGUUCAGUUGCUCAACAGAAGAAUACAAGCUUGUUACGAAUUAUACCAUUAAAGUUAUUGUUAUAAAACUAUCCCCUGUUUAUUGAAAUACCCUGUGUAUUUUUUUCUGUUAAUGGUCUGCACAGACGAGCAAAUUUUGUUCACGUAGGACAAAUUUCCUUUGAAUCGUGUAAAAAAUGUCCGCCGGGGACUUGUCGCGGACUCAACGCAAUAUUUAUUGCCCGAAAAUUUAGAGAAGCGCAC